AUGUCCCCUCUUGUCCUUCCAUUGGUCUCAGUGUCCCCUCGUGUCCCUCCAUUGGUGCCAACGUCACCUCGUGUCCCUCCAUUGAUGUCGAUGUCCCCUCUUGUCCCCCGUUUCUGCGAGGCCUACAGCCGCAACCCCGCGCUGGCGGUGGAGGAGCAGAUCGAGGGCGCGCGGCGCCGGGUCAGCCAACUGCAGCUGAAGAUCCUGCAGGAGAGCGGGGCCUCCGUGGAUUUGGGGCGGCUGAGCAGCGACUCCGGGUCGGUUUUCCGGGCGGCGGAAGGUCGCCUGUCGCUGGACUCACAGGACGGUGACAGUGGUUUGGAGUCGGGGCCGGAGCGGUUCCCGUCCGUCAGCGAG